UUAGAAUUACCUGUCCGGAACUUCUACAACCUGCGAUUCCUGGAGCUCAUGUUCCUGGCCUUCGCCAUCAACUUCAUCCUCCUCUUCUAUAAGGUAUCGGAGCAGCCCCCAGGCCUGGAGGACGCGGAGCUGGAGGGGUCGGGGAUGGCGGCUGUGCUGGAUGGAGUCGGGGGCUUCGAUGGCUCCGGGGGGGGGUCCGAUGUGAGGAUGAGGAGGAGCCCAAGCGUGGUGUAUUACUGCCUGGAGGAGAGCACCGGCUACAUGCAGCCGGCACUCAGGGCUCUGGCUGUAGCUCACACCAUCGUGGCCUUUCUCUGCAUCAUCGGAUACAACUGCCUCAAGAUCCCGCUGGUGAUCUUAUAGCGUGAGAAGGAGUGGCGGACGCCUCG